UCAUUCACUGGAAAUGUCGUUGCCAUUGCUGGUGCUGCAACAGACAUUGGCCUCAUUACUGUCCUCUAUCUCACCGAAAGAGGAGCUCGUUGUCUGUAUCAGAUAUCAGUGAAGAGACUAUCACAGGAGAUCAAGUCGAGGUUCCCCGACACUGGCCUUCUUGCCCCGUUUAUAGACGUCUCAGAUUCAUUCCAGGCAGGUCAGUGGAUUAAGAACACUAUUGACAACUCGGGCUCGCUUCACGGGGCUGUCAACCUUGCAGGCGUUCUACACAACUCGACUCCAAAUUUUGUCGAUAUCCAAGAUCAGGACUGGAACAGGGUCAUUUCGUUCAACUUGAGCGGAAUCGUGUACCCAAUGAGAGCUGAAAUUACUGUCAUGGAGAAGGGAGGCAGUAUUUUCAAAGUUUCAAGCGUUGCUGGUCUUAUGGCAAGGCCUGGAGUCGUUGCGUAUGCGGCGUCCAAGGCGGCUGUCAUCUCCUUGGCAAGAUCAGCGACAAAGGAGAUUGGAGCUGGAGAAAUUCAAGUGAAUGCAAUCUGCCCGAGUGGAAUCGACACCCCAAUAUCUCGACAGCUUCUCGAUCAAGGAUGCACGGAUGAGAUGGUACUUGAACCACAUGCCAUCAAGCCCUUCAGAAAGGUUGAGGAGGCCAGAGCGUUGAUUGGUUUUCUUCUCAGAGAUGACUCCAAGUAUAUUACGGGCGAGACUAUUAGGAUUGACGGUGGCAUGUGUGCCUGA